AUGGCUGCUGUCAACGAUGUCACUAACACCGCACAUCCAAGACAGUAUUUCCUAGACGGCCCUGGAGGAACGGGAAAAACUUUUGUCUACAUCACUCUCAUCAAUGUACUCCAGGGCCAAGGAAAACAAGUCAUCGAAGUGGCUUCGACGGGGAUCGCAUUGACUUUGUUGCUGGAUGGUGUGACUUACCAUUCGCAGUUCAAGAUCUACCCUCCAAUUACAGAGACGACACGAUCAAAAAUCGAAGAAGGCACCUAUAAUACGCAAAUGAUUAGGAACGCGAGUCUAAUCAUCUCAGGCGAAGCCACAAUGAAGACCAACCACGCUCUCGACGCAAUCAAUCAUCUGUUCCAAACGGUGAUGAAAAAUGGUGUCGGUCCCUACGGCGGUAAAGUCCUCUUGCUCGGUGGCGAUUUCAGACAGUGCCUGCCCGUUGUCCGACAUGGAAACAGAGUCCAAGUAGCUGAAGCCACCAUCAUCAAUAACGCGACUUAA